ACAUCGGCGUCUCUCGCGAAAGGUAUCUUUCAGUGUCGAUAAAGCAUUCCGUUUUGUCUCGAUAUCGUAUUCGUCUUGAGAUAUAUGACAGAUGACAGAUGACAGAUGAUCGAUCGACGGAACUCUUCGAAGGAAAAAUUCGCAAAAGUUCUUUGACUGGCGUUGCAAAUACUUCGAAGUGUUUGAUUGACCAAUCAGGACAGAGGAGUCUCUCCCGGAUUAGUUUCUACCUGUCUCUAAUUAUCUUCUUUAAUUUAUGUAUACAAAUAUUGUUUGGAAACAUGUCCGAUGAUUUAUUAGCUAAGGAAAAAGAGUUUCGCAGAUUGAAUCGCGAGCUUCGACAGAAAACUCAUGAUAUGAUAAAGGAGGUUGAUUCUGUCAUAAAUGCUCCUGAUAGUUUGUUUAGCAAUGAAUCGUACUUAAAUUUUGUAACGAAAGAUGUAAAAACGAUACAUUCAGAAGAUAAAACAUUAAAGACAGAUAAACAAUCAAGAACAUUAGAUGGAAUUGUUGAAAUUCCAGAAAAUGUCAAUAAUAUUAAGAUUUCACUAAAGAAGGAUAAUAGUGUGGGAAAUAAUGCUAUUGUUACAUUGCUUAAAGGCAAGAUAGAUAUGCUGUAUAAAGAGCUACAAGCGAUGCAACUUGAGUAUAACAAAAAGUGCGAUUAUUCUAAAGAAUUAGAAGUGAGAAAGAAGAAACUUGAUGAUAUUCAAGUUAAAUUACACAAUCAGAUAGGAACAUUAAAUGAUACAAUUACAAAGUUAGAAAAUAGAAACUCUGAUACAAUAUCAAACUGUCAAGCUUUGAGCAAUGAAAAUGUUGCCUUAAAAAAGGAUUUGGAAAGUCUUAAGAAGGAGAUAAAUAUAUUAAGUCAGCAAUCAACUAAUUAUGAUGUGAGAUUAAAUAGAUCUCUAGAAAGUAAUGAAAAACUUAAGAAUGCAUUAAAAUGUAGUCAGAUAGAAGAAAAGGAAUUAAGGAAUUCAAUUAGGAGAGUACAAGAAGAUAAGAGAAUAGCCGUAAAAAGCUUGGAAAAACAGCGAAAUGAAUUAGUGCAUGCGUUUAAGAAGCAAAUGCUACUCAUAGAUAAUCUGAAGAAACAAAAUGUAUGUGUAUUGAAGAUCAUUAAUUUCUUCUAUUUGUAUAACACUGUAAUGCAACUUUAUAAUCUUAUAAUUCUACAGAUGUAUUUAAUGUCAAAUGGGCAAAUUCGCUUAACAGAAGAAGACUUUACAAAAUUAUUAGAGUGGAAACCUCAGCAACCCUGAUAUAAAACAUUUAUUGAAAGACUGCUAUGUUUUAUAUCUUUUGUAAGAGAGAGAUGAAAUUAAUUUUACUUUUUGUAGCCAUUAGUCUUAUAGUGUGCAUCUUUUCAUAGAGUGCUCUCUCUUGUGUGUUUUCAUCAAUUAUCAAGAUUAAAAUUGAGAUAUUUCGUAUUUUUUAAUAAAUAUUUAUGAUAUUUGUGAUUUGUAAGAUAUUGUUAUUUAGUGCUCAUAAUUUUAUGGAUAUUUGUUUUUGUUUCACUUUGCAAUCACAGUAAUUUAUUAUUAUACAAAAUAAAAAAAGUAUAUAAAAAAAUUUUGCAAAAUUUAAAAUAUUGUAAAAAAAAAAAAAA